AUAGGAGGAUGUUGCUUCAGGCACGUUACAGACGAAUUUUCUUCUGCCAACAGAUUUAACGCGUGUAUCGUGUUCUUUUGAUGUAAAACUCGGGAUAGUGUAAUGAUCUCGAUGUACGGAUCGAGUGGUAAAUUAGCUGUGUCGCUGAUAUUCACGUUUGUCAGCGUGUUUGUAUUGUGUGAAUAUGUGAUUUAUUAUCCUGUUAUUCUGCGAUGCUCAUGGCCUCAUAUUGAGACUGUAGAUUCACAUUUACCUUUACGGGCGUUAUUUCUCUCCGAUACUCACUUACUUGGGGCCAUCAAAGGACACUGGCUCGACAAAUUCAGAAGAGAAUGGCAGAUGGAAAGGGCAUUCCAGACAUCUCUGUGGCUUCUAAAUCCAGAAAUUGUCUUCAUUUUAGGAGAUGUAUUUGACGAGGGCAAGUGGAGCUCCAGUCAGGACUGGGAAGAUGACGUCAGACGUUUUAAACGGAUCUUCCGUCAUCCUAGUCACACAGAGCUUGUGGUUCUUAUCGGAAAUCACGACAUCGGCUUCCAUAAUGAAAUGACUAAGCAGAAGUUGGAGCGGUUUGAGCGAGUGUUUAACGUGACGUCAGCACGGAUCCUAACCAUUAAAGGAGUCAAGUAA